GCCUAUUUAUCUUCCCAAGGUCAGCAAUUCACUACGGCACUAAAAAACCAACAAUUCAACGCACAGAAAAAGACGCUGUUUUGUUUCUCGAGAUCAAAAGAACAAGGAGCGGUAGUCAGGAGGGAGACGUGAGCGUGCAGCUCAUUAUGUUUGGUUAUGUGUUUACGAAGCGAUUCUUUCUCCGCCUCUUCGUCUUCCUCGUCUCGCCUUAAGAAGAAAGAUAAGAUUUCCAUUUCCCUUCCAUUCGCCUGCAGUGUUUCAGGCGAUCGCUUCCGGUGAUUCAGAGAAAGCUGCGUUUUUUUUAGCAGGCUUCCCCUUUUCCGCACGGGAAUCAUGUUUGUGUAUAAAUUAAAGACACGGUCUUGAUUCCUUUCAAUUGAUUAUAUGAUUCUCUUUUGAGGAAAACAUGAAGGUCUUGUGCACUAGUUGCGGUUAGCGUGUUGUUUCUUGUUGACUAAAAAAGGGAAGAAAGGAUCAGCUUUGGUUGUGAUAGGAAGCUAUUGCAAGGCUGGAGCAUCUGGGUUCUUGAUCGCCUGAAAGUAUGCUAAGGGAUCACCAAAAUGGCAGAAGCAAUGGGUCAUUUUCAGUUCGGUCUUUGUCGAAAAUUGUGUCUUCUGGUGCUUCCAAUCUUGCAUCCAGUGUCUGCAAGACUGGGGCAUCCAUCGUCUCUUCGAUAGCCAACUCUCAAGAUCACUCUGCUCAUGAUCAGGUGCUUUGGGCUGGUUUUGACAAACUGGAGUGUGAAGGUGAUAUCAGGCAAAUUCUCUUGCUAGGUUACAGGUCGGGUUUCCAGGUUUGGGAUGUUGAGCAUUCAGAUGACAUAAGUCAGUUAGUAUCAAGAUAUGAUGUUUCUGCAACCUUUCUGCAAAUGCAAAAGAAUCCAAUUGAAUCUAAGGGGAUAAUCGAUAAGUUUGCAGAUCACCGGCCGUUGCUGAUUGUAGUCGGAAAUUCAAAUGUUUCUGCAAAUUCUAACAAUUAUGAUGGGUAUGAUCCACCUUUCAAUGGUUAUGCUGGUGGUUUUGGUCAGGAACCGAGCAAUGACAGUUUCUUGCUGACUUUUGUUCACUUCUAUUCCCUGAGGACCCAUGAGUACGUCCAUACCUUGAAGUUCAGAUCAACCAUUUUCUCUGUCAGGUGCAGUCCUCGAAUUAUUGUUGUUUCUCAAGCUUCACAGAUCCAUUGUUUAAAUGCUCUCACUCUGGAGACAGAAUAUAGUAUCCUUACUCAUCAUGUGGUUUCAGAUCGUCUUGGUGCUGGAACUGUAGGAUAUGGACCAAUUGCAGUUGGAACCAGAUGGUUAGCUCAUAGUGGAACUCCAAUUGCGAAUUCAAGUGAUUGCCAUAUUAGCCAUCAAGAUAUUAAUCCUGCCACAGUAGCUUAUUCAGAUGAUAGUCCGGUUACAAAUUUUGCAAGAGAAUCUAGUAAGAUGCUCGCCGCUGGUUUGGUGACUCUCGGAGAUAUUGGAUACAGAACAGUUUCCAAGUAUUACUUAGAAUUAAUGGGUGUGAAUAACAUUCCAACAGUGAAUGGAAACUCCUACUUAGAAAGGGAUGACGACCUGCAUAGGGAUCCUGCAGAGGUGGAACAGGGUGGGAUGGUUAUAGUUCGUGAUAUUGUUUCUAAAUCAGUGAUAGUGCAGUUCAUGGCACAUAGGAGUCCUAUUUCUGCAUUAUCCUUUGAUCCCAGUGGGACUUUGCUAGCGACUGCUUCCAUUCAUGGACAUAAUAUCAAUGUGUUCCGUGUGAUACCUACUCUGCAUGCAAGCUCAGGGGAGUCAUAUGCUAAUGGAGUUUGCAUCCAUCUCUACAAGUUACGGCGAGGCAUUACUAAUGCGGUUAUACAAGACAUCAGUUUUAGUGAUGACAGCAACUGGAUCAUGAUCAGCUCAUCGAGGGGAACUAGUCACCUAUUUGCGACUGGUUCUUCAGGAGCUGCAAAUAUUAGGUUCACUAGGAGGGAUUUUGCAAAUUCCAGCAGUGGAAUAUCUCUGGCAACGAAAACAAAACAGUCUGUCUCUUUAUCUUCAAAGUUUUGUGAACAGAACCCCUCUUUAUGUGGAAGCCCUGUAACAUUAUCAGCUGUAAGCAGAAUAAAGAAUGGAAAUCCUGGAUUAAAGAAUGCUGUUAGCUGUGUUGCAGCAUCUGCUACAGGAAAGGUUAAUCCAACACUUGGGGCCAUUGCUUCUGUUUUCCACCAUUGCAAAGCAACUCGUCUUCAUAAUAAUAUCAGCUCACUGCGGACAAAGCACUACCUGCUCGUGUACUUUUCCGGAUCCAUUAUACAAUAUGGAUUACGUCCCAAAAGCAAGGAGGAUUUUGACACCAAACUAUCAGCAGAACCUGAUGCUGAUUUAGUUGUCGAUGCACUUCAGAAAUGGGACAUUCGUCAUAAGAAAAACAUGAGAGAUAGAUGCGACGACUCUGAUAUAUUUGGUGAGCAUGGUGAUAGAGAGUAUGGUAAAUUUUCACGAAAAGGGAUGAAGAGAGGAACCAGUGUGUAUCCUUCUUCUGUUGGGACAGAUUUUAAUCCCAUGCUGAUUGCGAAGGAAGCUCAUCACUCGUACAUAUCUGAAUUUGAGUUGCAUGUGCAUGAGGCACCGUUUCCUCUAUGGACAAAGUCUCAGGUUCAGUUUCAAGUGUUGUUGGAUCACCAUUGCAACGAUAAAACUAAGAAUUCUGUUGGUGAAAUUGAGGUUGAAAGAAUCCAAUGCCGUUCAAUCAAAACUAGACUAACAGAUCCAAUACCUGUUCUCGAGACACUCGGUUCGUCGACACUGCAGCAAUCAAGGGAAGAUGACAAGGAGAACUCACCGCUAUCCCGUCAGACGUCUGAAUUGUUGGAAGAUGCAAACGUUCAUGCAGACAACUUGAAGAGCAAACUAGAGUUUGUAAAUAGCACCAUUGGAAUCUCCUAGUGUACAGCUGUUGAAAUGACAAUUUUAAUGGAUUGAAUGUGAGCUCUUUUCAAGAGAAAGUGAAUAAUGCCUACUCGUUCUUUGUCCAAGAAUUAAACUCUUGAUGAGCCCCAAUGAAGUUGAAAUUGUUGAUGAUCGACAGCUAUCUGUUUGAGAUGAAGUUUGGUGAUCCUGUCUGAUAUCGAGGAAGAAGGCGUAUUAACUAGGUGGCUUUGAUGUUGACUGCGUGAAGACUCCGAGAAGGAGGAACUUGGUGCUACGAUCGAUCCUGUGUGUCAAAAAGAAGAAUUGAGAGAAGAAAAUGUUAGUCACCGGACUAGGAAGGGGUCUUGACGCAAGCAUAUCGAUGCUAAAGUUAGACAGAGAGCUGAAAAAGAGAAUGAAGAACAGUAAACUCUGAUAGCGAAGUUUAUCUGUACCUGUAGGAGGAGAUCCCUUAU